AUGCGGGAGCGUGCCAAGCUGCUGGGCAGGAGGGGUACUUUCCUGCCUGAUUUCCUCGCCCGCCAGCACAACCCAGCUGAUCCCGUGUGCCCCAUGCCACUGGGCGAGGAUCUGCGGGGCCAUCGGGAGGCUGGUGCUGGCAAAGCCGACUGUGCCGAAGGGCUGAUGCCGGUGUUUAGCUUGGUGCUGGGCAAGGAGGAGGAAGCAGAAGUGCUGGACCAGCUCCUUCCUGAGCUCAGCGUCCUGCUCAAGCUGCUGGACCACGAGUACCUGAGUGCCACCACACAGGAGAAGAAGCUGGCCGUCUCCACCAUCCUGCAGAAGCUGCAGCCACCUGCAGGGAAGGAUGCAGACUUCAUGUAUGUGAACACGGCCUCCCUGAGCAACGGCACCAGCUUCGUGGAGUCUCUCUUCGAGGAGUUCGACUGUGACCUGCGGGACCUCCAGGACAUGCAGGAGGAGGACGGGGACACCGGCGAUGGCGUUGGCUUGGAGCUUGCGAGGAGCCAGCCAGCAAAAACCGUACGGCCCUCUCCACUCAUGCUGGUGGGGUUUCUGCCGCAGGUUCCUACAGACCCUCCUCCACCACUGCCCACCACCCCCCCACCCGAGGAUUACUACGAGGAAGCGCUGCCCCUGGGCCCAGGGAAGGCCCCCGAGUACAUCACCUCCCGCAACAGCUCCAGCCCCCCCAACUCGAUCGAGGAUGGCUACUACGAGGACGCAGACAGCAACUACCCCGUCACCAGGAUGAACGGGGAGCAGAAGAACUCCUACAAUGACUCGGAUGCCAUGAGCAGCUCUUACGAGUCCUAUGAUGAGGAGGAGGAGGAGGGGAAGGGCCAGCAGCUGACACACCAGUGGCCGUCAGAGGAAGCCUCCAUGAACCUGGUGAAGGACUGUAGGAUUUGCGCUUUCCUGUUGCGCAAGAAGCGCUUCGGGCAGUGGGCCAAGCAGCUCACCAUCAUACGGGACGGCAAGCUGCUGUGCUACAAAAGCUCCAAGGACCAGCAGCCGCAUGUGGAAGUGCCCCUGGGCACCUGCAAUGUCAUCUACAUCCCCAAGGACAGGCGGCGCAAGAAGCACGAGCUGCGUUUCUCGCUGCCGGGGGCUGAGGCGCUGGUGCUGGCCGUGCAGAGCAAGGAGCAGGCUGAGGAGUGGCUGAAGGUGAUAAAGGAAGCGAGCAGUCCAGGAGCAGGCGGGAUGGAAGCUCCCACGUCCCCAGUGAUGCCCUGCAAGAUGGACCUGGAUAAGAGGCUGUCGCAGGAGAAGCACACCUCUGACUCGGACAGCAUGGCGACGGGCGAGACCUGCUCCCCCAUGGCCCGCAGGGAGCCCUGCGAGCACGGGAAAGGCAAGAAGAGCAGCUUGGCUGACCUGAGGGGCUCAAUGAGCCGGGCGGCAGGGAAGAAGAUCACCAGGAUCAUCAGCUUCUCCAAGAAGAAGCCUUCCCCUGAGGACACGCAGACCUCCUCCACUGAGGAGGACAUCCCGUGCUGCGGCUACCUCAGCGUCUUGGUCAACCAGUGCUGGAAGGAGCGCUGGUGCCGCCUGAAGGCCAACACCCUCUACUUCCACAAGGACCGCACCGACCUGCGCACCCACGUGAACGCCAUCGUCCUCCGGGGCUGCGAGGUGGUGCCGGGGCUGGGCCCCAAGCACCCCUUCGCUUUCCGCAUCCUUCGCAACGGGCAGGAGGUGACCGCGCUGGAGGCAAGCUGCUCAGAAGACCUGGGCCGCUGGCUGGGUCUCCUCUUGGUGGAGACAGGCUCCCAGACAGCGCCAGAGGCCUUGCACUAUGACUACGUGGACGUGGAGACCAUCGCCAACAUCGUGACGGCCGUGAGGCAGUCCUACCUGUGGGCCAGCUCCUCCCAGGACAGCCGGCCAGACUCCUCCCGCGUGGUGUACGACGACGUUCCCUACGAGAAGGUUCAGGCCCAGGAGGAGCCAGGGCGGCCGUCAGGAGCCCAGGUGAAGCGCCACGCGUCCUCCUGCAGUGAGAAGUCACGGCGGGUGGACCCGCAGGUCAAAGUGAAGAGGCACGCGUCGAAUGCCAACCAGUACAGGUACGGGAAGAACCGGGCCGAGGAGGAUGCCAGGCGAUUUCUGACGGAGAAGGAGAAGCUGGAGAAGGAGAAAGCAGCAAUCCGCAGUGAGCUGGUGUUGCUGCGGAAAGAGAAAAGAGAGCUGCGGGAAGCCAUGAAGGGCAGCACAGGGAUGAAGCUGCAGGACCUGGAGCAGCGGGUGGCAGUGCUGGAGGAGCAGUGCCGGCAGAAGGAGGAGCGCCGCGUCGACCUGGAGCUCCAGCUGACCGAAGUGAAGGAGCGGCUGAAGCAGUCACUGGCAGGAGGGCUGGCCCUGGGGCUGGCUGUGACCGGCAAGGCGGAGAAUGGGGAAGCUACAAACAAGCCAAACGGGAGUCCCCCUGAGCACUUGGUCCCUGUCAACUGUGCAGCCGAACUGAGGAAGAGAAGCCCCUCCAUCCUCCCUGCCAACAAGGGAAACGUGCUGCGGAAAGCCAAGGAAUGGGAAAAGAAGCAGACUUAA